AUGGCAGGGACUAAGAAAGACAACGCCGUGAUCCCGUUUGACUCCCUCCCGUUAGACUCCAGUGGCCCUCGAGGAAAUGCGUGGGGUCGAUUUGGCCCUAACGACGAGCUUGGCACAUUGAACUUACUCACGCCGGAGGUCAUUGUUGAGGCUGCGAAGGAGAUUCAGACUGGAGUGCGCAUCUCUCUUGACUGGCCACUCAGCAUGCCUUCCUAUCCAAGCUUCAACCGCAAUCCGUUCAAGCAGGAGCUUUUUCUCCGGACCCCCCAUUGUGUUUAUGAUGACAUUUUGACUUUCAAUACUCAAGGUUCGACUCAAUGGGAUGGGUUCAGGCAUUACGCUAAUCAAAAGUCUCGACAAUUCUAUAAUGGACAUACUACCGAGGAGAUUAAGAGUUCGGAUGUGAUUGGUAUUCACGGUAAAGACAACGUGGGCUCUUUCCCGUUCGUGUUAUCAUCGAGGCUAAUCGGGUCAAUGGCAGCAAUGGUUGAGCACGGUGGGAUCACUGGCCGCGGUGUUCUUCUGGAUUAUGCCGACUGGGCUGCCUCACACUCUAUCUCAAUUUCAGCUCUCGAGUCAGAAGCAAUCACCCUUGAACUUCUCAAGCAAGUAGUCACGGAUCACAAGCUUGAAUUUCGGAAAGGCGACAUUCUGUUCAUUCGGAGUGGCUUCACUGCUGCAUACAACAACUUGAAUGAGCAGCAACGAAAGGAUUUGUCAGAUCGCCCGUCUCCUGAUUUCAAUGGCGUGGAAGCUACAGAGGGAAUGCUUCGGUGGUUAUGGGAUCAUCAAUUUGCUGCUGUCGGCGGUGACGCACCAAGCUUCGAGCGAGCUCCAAUUCGAGGUAGCCACGCGGACCCUAACUUCAAUCUUCAUGAAUGGGUUCUGACAGGAUGGGGUACCCCUAUUGGUGAGAUGUUCGAUCUCGAGAAACUAUCCUCGCAUUGCAAGGCUACUGGAAGAUACAGCUUCUUCCUGUCUAGCAUGCCGCUUAAAGUUAUCGGUGGAGUCGCAAGCCCUCCAAAUGCUUUUGCCAUUUUUUAA